AUGGUGGAGUCUAAACGCUCGUCCACGAGCCGUCCCGCCGGAUCUAAAACGGUCACGGUACAGCAAGAUAACGCAACGCCGCACACGAGUGCAUACUCUGAAGCAGUGAAACAGGCUUGUUAUUCUGACGGUUGGAAGAUCAACUUCCUAAACCAACCGCCACGCAGGCCAGAUUUAUUGGAUCUGGGUUUUUACUCAAGCAUCCAAGCUCUUCAGUACCAGAAACGCGCGUACGGCGUGGAGCAGCUUGUUGCAACAGUCAUGUCGGCAUGUUCAGAGCUCCAGUCGGUGACAUUAAGCAAGUGUUUUCUAACGCUACGCUCCGUGCUAGAACAAGCGAUGUUAAACCAAGGCGGAAAACGAGUACAAGAUCCCGCAUCUGAGCAAGGACAAGUGGCUCCGCUUGGUGACUUGCCUCUUUUGCUGCCGUGCUCCAGCGAGACUGUAGAAAUCGCCAAUGCGGCCCUCGACGAGGUCAUUGUGUAG